AUGGGUCCUUCUUCCCGUUUCAGAAAUGGUCCAAUUGGAAAAUUGCAUCACUUUUUGACGGAGACAUUGAUUGAAUGGAUAGGGUUCUCAUUUCGACAAGUUUGUGGAAACCGUUCUUCAGCGAUCAGUGAUCGUCUUUAUGUUUAUUUUGUAGAAGAAAAAAAUCCAGUAUUAGUGAUAGUAUAUUUAAUACUUCUAACAGUGUCAAAUUUCUUAUUUUAUGUAACUGCGUGGCCCCAUAUUCCUGGACCUUAUCUUUCUAAAGCGCAUGUAUAUCUCGUUCCAAUAGUUAUAAUUUUUACAUAUGCUUCAUUUUUUAUUGCAUGUUCGAGUGAUCCAGGCCGAAUUACAAGUGAGAAUGUUGAUAAAGCUUGCAAAAUGUUCAAUUAUGAUUUCUUGACAUUUGAACCAAAAGAAUGUAGAACAUGUAAAUUUACAAAACCUGCUCGUUCAAAACAUUGUUCUCUAUGUAAAAAGUGUGUUGCAAAAUGCGAUCAUCACUGUUCAUGGAUUAAUAAUUGUGUUGGUUUAAAAAACCAUCGUUAUUUCCUUCUUUUUCUAUAUGCUACUAUUCAAAUUUGUGUGUAUGGAGCAUAUUUGAUUUAUUAUAUUUUUUGGGGAAUAUCCAAGAACAUGAAUUUAACUGAAGCUUGGAUUACUUCUGUAGAGACUAGAAAGAGGGUUAGAAUUUCAACAUACCAGGCUAUAUUAUUUUUGAUUCACCAAGAGAGGGUUCUAGGUGCAUUAGGUAUUUUUACCCUUCUUGUUGGAUUGGUCAUCUUUAUAUUCAUGUGCUAUCAGCUUCAUUUGGUAUAUAAUGGUACAACAGCAAAUGAAGCGUUUAAAAGGGAAGAUUUAGAAGAAAUUAUAAUGGACGGAGAACUUUGGGUUUUUGAUAAAGAAGAAUUAAAAAAGCAUAAAAAGAAAAUUAAGGAUAAAAAUGAUUCAAAAUUAAAAGGCAAAUCCACAGCGGUUUAUUGGGUUCAACCUGUUAAACGGAGACAGAAUAAGUCAUCAGAAGGUGAGAAUGAAGCUGAAGUCAAUGGAGAGAAUAGUAAGCAAGUCGGAAGGCAGGUUAAAUCCAUAUCUGAGAUAUGCAAUCUUUACGAUCAAGGAUUUUGGGCUAAUUUCAAAGAAGUUUUAUUUCCACCUUCUUUAUAA